AUGGCUUUGGAAGCAUUGAAUCAGGUCUACUAUGCCCUCGCCACUAAACCCGAGCAGGAGAAGAUCACGCAUGAAGAGGCUAGUGCCCUUCUCUCGUGCCAUUUCAAAGUUUUGGGGACUGCUGGGUUGGCUUCCGGUGUUGGAGGAGGUUUAGGUUGGCAAGUGGCAAAAAGGUUGAAAAUGCUGACAGGACUUGGGAGGUUCGCAAUUGCUGUUGGAGUGGCUACUGUGAGUUUUUCUGUUGCUUUUGAUUGGUCAGCUUCUACAACUGCAGUUUCUUGCCUUGAUCAUAUCCUUAGGCAAGAUGGAACACGGUUGCAGAGAGAGCUCGUUAAUGUCUUAGUAAGGUCCAAUAAAGGUGAAGCUUGGAGAUGGCAACUUAUGUCCAAGAAUUUCUACCCUGAAUCUGUUUACGGUGAUGAAGGAGACAAACCUCAUAUGCGUUGGCGUAGACGAACCACGUUCACAGAAAUUGCCGCUUCUUAUGAUGAUGUAAAUGAAGCCAAACCUCAGAGAAACCCCAAUGGCUUACCAAACCCUCAUAAUCGAAGCAUUUCCCGUGGAUCUGAUGUUUCAAAGACUAAACCAAUGCUCCAAAAUAGCUCUGUGACUGGAAAUUCGGAUGGCGAAAUUGUGGAAGGAGAUGCUCUUGACAUUGUAUUUGGUGGUUCAGAACCAACAGAGAGCAUUCCUGCACCGCCAGUUCAUUCGAAGGGUACAGCCAAAACGCAAACUCGCAAACAGAAGAGAGCAAAACGAAGACAGAGAAUUAAAAACCGUGAAGCUUCCAGUUAUACUCCUCAGUACGAACUUGCGUAG